AACCACCAGGAAGUGAGGAAGCGAACUUUUUUCGUCACACAACUCAAGCAGCAGUCUUGACUCUCCAUCGCUUCAAAUUCUUGCAUUGUCUACUUAAGAUUCGUUACGUUCUCGAAACUAACUCGAGAGCCGUUUUGAAGGAACCCGCUACAUUAGAGUUACCGGAAGUACAUUUUUAGAGGGCAUCGGUGUGAGGAUGGCUGCCUACAAGCUCGUUCUGAUCCGCCACGGAGAAAGCUGCUGGAACCAGGAGAACCGCUUCUGCGGGUGGUUCGACGCGGACCUGAGUGAGACCGGAGAACACGAGGCAAAGAGGGGAGGACAGGCCCUGAAAGACGCUGGCUACGAGUUUGAUCUUUGCUACACCUCAGUCCUUAAGCGAGCCAUCCGCACCCUGUGGUUUGUUCUGGACAGCAUCGACCAGAUGUGGCUGCCCGUCCACCGGACGUGGCGGCUGAACGAGCGCCACUACGGUGGCCUGACGGGGCUGAACAAAGCUGAAACAGCUGCCAAACACGGAGAAGCUCAAGUCAAGAUCUGGAGGCGCUCCUUUGAUAUUCCUCCACCACCCAUGGAUGAGGAGCAUCCCUUUUAUCAAAAGAUAAGCAAGGACCGGCGUUACGCUGAUCUGACCGAGGACCAGCUCCCCAGCUGUGAAAGCCUUAAGGACACCAUUGCCAGGGCUCUUCCUUUCUGGAACGAAGAGAUUGUUCCUCAGAUCAAGGAGGGAAAGAGAGUCCUGAUCGCUGCUCAUGGAAACAGCCUGCGGGGCAUCGUGAAGCAUCUGGAGGGUAUGUCAGAGGAGGCCAUCAUGGAGCUGAACUUGCCCACUGGCAUUCCCAUUGUGUACGAGCUUGACAAGAACCUGAAGCCCGUGGGACCCAUGCAGUUCCUGGGGGACGAGGAGACGGUUAAAAAGGCCAUGGAGGCUGUGGCUGCUCAGGGCAAAGCCAAGAAGUAGACUUGUCCUACCUGGACAAUAGAGUACAGAUCAAUUGUGUUGCUUUUUUUUUUCUAGGUUUAAAAAAAAAGGUCAUUUAAUGUUUGUUUCAUCACAAACUUUCAUAACCAUAGACACACAAUGUGCACUUUAUAGAAAUGACACGUUUGCAGAUCUGUUGUUUGACUUCAUUGGUCACGGUUAAGUACUGUAAUAUACAGAAACAUGCAUUUCAUGAUUAGACUAGAAUGUGGUUUAAGGCUCAACCAUAUGGAAAUUAGGGACCAGAAGCAUGAACUGCCGAUGCAGAUCUGUCUUGAAAAGUAAUCGCCCACCAACAAUCCUGUAGUUGAAGCUUAGUGGGAACAGGUUCACCUCAUACGUUAACACUGGCUGUUGUUUGAAAAGGGUCAUUAUUUCGUGUUCUGUACUGCUGAACUUUGCUGUGGUGUUGUGAGGAAAAAUAAUAAAUGUUGAG